AAUAAAUAUAGAGACUCUCUAUUAGGGGGAGAGACUUCGAAUCUAAACAACAAUGGAGGAAUUGAAGUUACAUAGCGUUUGGUCAAGCGGUUAUGGCUACAGAGUGAUAUGUGCACUGAAACUGAAGGGGGUUGACUACGAGUACAUAGAAGAAGAUCUUUCUAACAAGAGUGAAUUGCUCUUGGAGUACAACCCUGUUUACAAGAAAAUCCCAGUUCUUGUUCAUGGAGGAAAACCAAUCGCCGAGUCCCUUGUCAUCCUUGAAUAUAUUGAAGAAACAUGGCCUCAGAAUCCAUUGCUGCCAACCGAUGCUUAUGAGAAAGCCAUAGCUCGCUUCUGGAUUCAAUAUGGAGAAGACAAGCAUACUAUUCUCUUCUCAGUUUUCCGAAGCAGUGGAGCGGAGCAAGAGAAGGCAGCAGAAGAAGUAUUGGAAGUGCUAAAAGUCUUGGAAGAACAAGGCCUUGGAGAAAAAAAAUUCUUCGGUGGGGAUUCCAUUAAUCUGGUUGACAUUACAUAUGGCUGGCUGCCUCUCUGGUUUGAGACGAUUCAACAAGUGAUUGGAAUAAAAUUGCUGGAACCAAACAGUUUCCCCCGGUUGCAUGCCUGGCUUAACAAUUUCAAGGAAGUUCCUGUCAUCAAACAAAAUCUUCCUGAUCCUGACAAACUCUUGGCUUAUAUUAACAACAAAAGGAAGAAGUUUGUUGCAGAACAAACCCAUUGAUGUUGCAGACUUAUGAAGAUUUAUAUUUCUAAAUAUUGUAGGACUUUCGUAUUCUUAUUAUUUUGGUUUGCAUUUGUCUGCACUCCUUGGUUGUUAUCUUUACAGAUGCCUGAAAGCAAAAAGGAUAAUUUUCUCGA